AUGCUGAGUCUGUCGAUGGAGAUGAGACCAGAGUUGGUGGAGGGUUUGGCGGAGGAGUUUCCGAAGUUGAGGAGGUUGGGUAAUGAGAGGUCAUAUGAGGAUGAGACGGCGGCGUAUAGGAAUAAUACGCGGCAGAUGCAGGAGCAGGUGGCGCUGCGCGCCGUCGCUCUUCUGGCAAGGCCCCCAACGAUCAGAGAGUAG